AUGCUCAAGUCGACUGCCGCUCUCCCGCGCUCGGUCGCUCGUGCCGCCGUUCGCCAGCAGGCCCGCACGCUGGCCACGGUUACCGACACACCCGUCCACAUUCACGGAGGUCUUCGUGACCAGGAUAGGAUCUUCACCAACGUGCACGCCAGGAAUGAUUGGAAGCUGAAGGGAGCACUGUCUAGGGGCGACUGGCACAGGACAAAGGACAUCCUCCUCCAGGGCGAUGCCAAGAUCAUUCAGACCAUCAAGGACUCUGGCCUCCGUGGCCGUGGUGGUGCCGGUUUCCCUUCGGGCCUCAAGUGGAGCUUCAUGAACAAGCCUGGAUGGGAGAAGGACCCCCGCCCCCGCUACCUUGUCGUCAACGCCGACGAGGGUGAGCCCGGAACCUGCAAGGACCGCGAGAUUAUGCGCGGUGACCCCCACAAGCUCGUCGAGGGCUGUCUUGUCGCUGGUCGCUCCAUGAACGCCACUGCCGCCUACAUCUACAUCCGUGGCGAGUUCAUCGAGGAGGCCCACCGCAUGCAGGUGGCCAUUGACGAGGCGUACGCUGCGGGCCUCAUCGGCAAGAACGCCUGUGGCUCCGGCUACGACUUUGACGUCUACGUCCACCGCGGUGCCGGUGCCUACAUCUGUGGUGAGGAGACUGCCCUCAUCGAGUCGCUUGAGGGCAAGCAGGGCAAGCCCCGUCUCAAGCCUCCCUUCCCCGCCGACGUCGGUCUCUUUGGCUGCCCCUCGACUGUCGCCAACGUCGAGACUGUCGCUGUCGCCCCUACCAUUGCUCGCCGUGGUGGCUCGUGGUUCGCCUCGUUUGGUCGUGAGCGCAACUCGGGCACCAAGCUCUUCUGCGUUUCGGGCCACGUCAACAACCCCGCUGUCUUCGAGGAGGAGAUGUCGAUGCCCCUCAAGGAGAUGCUCGAGAGGCACUGUGGUGGUAUCCGUGGCGGCUGGGACAACCUCAAGGGUAUCAUUCCCGGUGGUUGCUCCGUCCCCGUCAUCAACCGCGAGGUCUCGGCGAAGGUCCUCAUGGACUACGACUCGCUCAAGGACCACGGAACCGCCCUCGGUACCGGUGCCAUUAUCGUCAUGGACAACUCGGUCGACAUGAUCAAGGCUAUCGCCCGUUUCGCCAAGUUCUACAAGCACGAGUCGUGUGGCCAGUGCACCCCUUGUCGCGAGGGCACCACUUGGAUGAUGAACAUGAUGGACCGCCUUGUCGAGGGUCGCGCACAGGAGCGCGAGAUCGACAUGCUCCUUGAGCUUACCAAGCAGGUCGAGGGCCACACCAUCUGCGCGCUCGGUGAUGCGGCAGCUUGGCCGAUCCAAGGGCUCAUGAAGGUCUACCGCCCAGAAGUUGAGGCGCGUAUCGCGGAGUUCAAGGCGAAGAGCGGCGACGUGGUGUUCGGCGGCGAGCUCGUCAAGGACAUCGACUUUGGCCGUGCCAUUCCCGACUCGCUCGGUGCGCACGUCGAGCGCCACGUUGCGGCACCCUAG